AUGUUCUUCGGUGGUUUCCCAGGUGGUGACUUCCCUGGCAUGGGAGGAAAGGGUGGCGAUGCAGGUGGGUCCAAGAACGUCGACACAACCAAGUUCUACAAGCUUCUUGAGGUCGAGAAAGGCGCCAGCGAAGCAGACAUCAAGAGGGCCUACAGAAGGCUUGCCGUCAAGCACCACCCUGACAAAGGUGGCGACCCGGAGAAGUUCAAAGAGAUCACGCGGGCCUAUGAGGUGCUCGGUGACUCUGAAAAACGCGCUCGGUACGACCGCUAUGGCGAGGAGGGUCUUCAGAGCGAUCCAAGUGAGCCCACGGACAUCUUCGAUGCUUUCUUCGGGCCCAGGAGCAGCAACGGAGGCCGCAAGCGCCAGAAGACCAAGGACGUCGUCCAGAACCUUCAGGUCACCCUGGAGCAGAUGUACAUGGGCAGCACUAAGAAGAUGGCCAUCACCCGCAAGGUCAUCGACAAAAAGCGGGGCGUCCAGGAGUGUCGCGAGUGCAGUGGACGUGGUGUAAAGGUCGAGACGGUUCGCAUGGGGCCCAUGAUCCAGCAGAUGCAGUCUUCGUGCAAAUCCUGUGGCGGACAGGGCAAAAGCUUCUCCACCACUCAGGACAGGGAGGUUUUGGAGGUGCAUGUGCAGAAAGGUGCUCCUGAUGGCCACAAGGUUGUCUUCAGGGAGAUGGCAGACGAGCACCCAGAGGCAGACACUGGGGAUGUCAUCUUCGUGUUGAAGCAGCAGGAGCAUCCUCAAUUCAAGCGGAAGGGUGCAGACCUCUACGUGGAGCGUUCUAUCUCUCUGGUGGAGGCCUUGUGCGGUUUCCAGAUUGAGCUUACGCACCUUGAUGGUCGCAAAUUGCUCAUUCGUACGAAGCCAGGUGAGAUCGUGAAGCCAAUGGCUCAGGGCUUCCAUCCGCUGGCCACAGAGGAUGGUAAGACAGAUUGGGAAGUCAUCGCGGAUGCGGACUGCCCCUCACUGGAAACUGUCGCAACGGCGAAGACCAACGACGUAGACACCAUCAAGAAGGCAUGCGAGACAGAACUCAAACGCAAAGGCAUCGACGUGGGAUGCUUUGUCGUGGACGGUGAGCAAGCCUUCAUCAAACAGUGCACCCGUGAUGAAGCGCUGGCAGCCAAGAAGACCCGUCGAGGCUGCAGUAUGUACGUUCUUCCGGAUCCAGGUGCGUCGAAGCCCUUCCGCAUGAUGAAAGCUGUGAAGGACGAGGGCAUGCCCACCUACAAGAAUCCUUUCGUGCAUGGCAACCUAUUCCUGAUCCUCAAUAUUGAGUUUCCGGACUCGCUGCCUCCACAGAACCAAGCAGCUGUGGCAAAGCUGCUCCCACCUCCUCUGCACAGUCCAAAAUCCUCCGAGGACUCGCCGGACGUGGAAGUUCACACCAUUACCGACAUUGACCCCGUGCAGUCUUUCAACUCCAACAAGGUGAACAUGCAAGGGGGCGGCGAGGCCUAUGACGAGGAGGAGCCCCAUGGACACAAAGCGCAGCAUUUACGCAACACCGAGUGGCUGAAGUACAUAAGUUAA